CUUAUACUGAAAUGCAGCCUCUGAACUUAUUGCCUUUCUUUCGAUAAUUUAAGGGAUCAUUUUGCUUGAGCUGGGCAUCCGUCGCAUUAUUCAUUCUUUGACAUUGAAUUUGUAAACCAUAUGGACAUGCAAACUUAAUAUGGGUAGUACUGGGGAAGAGUAGAUUAUUACUGAGUUUCUGAUGAAUCUGUGAAUUUAUGGCUCCUUUUUUUAAGAGGGAGGAUUACUGAGUUGUGCAAUAAGCAUCGGAGUUUAAUUCCUGGCAGGAGAGCCACAUGGUCUUUCAGUUUUAUUAUACCUUUCUGAUGCAGAUCAAAGGUCACUGCCUUCAGUUAUAAAAUGGAAAUUGAAUCACAGAAUCCGUCUAUAUUUGAAAAAAUACAUGGGCAGUCUUACCUCUUCUCCAGGCUUGCUCCUAGCAUGCACACUAGGGACUCUGGCAUCGUUAAUAUAUCUGGUGCUUAUGUUAAUGGGGGCCUCCAGAGUAACUUGCUCCUAUCAUGCCAAACAAAUGCCAUGUCAGUUGUAUUACCUUUAUCACCUGUCUUUGUCCUAGCACCAUCAGAGAAAGAUAAAGGAUUUAGAGCCUUUGUGGUUGAUUUCCUUAUGGGAGGCGUUUCUGCUGCAGUCUCCAAGACAGCAGCUGCUCCAAUUGAGAGAGUAAAGCUUUUGAUCCAGAACCAGGAUGAAAUGAUCAAGUCUGGCCGUCUGUCUGAGCCUUAUAAGGGAAUUAUUGACUGCUUUGCCAGAACAAUCAGGGAUGAGGGCUUCCUCUCUCUCUGGAGAGGCAACACAGCCAACGUUAUCAGAUACUUCCCUACACAGGCUCUGAAUUUUGCUUUUAAGGAUUACUUCAAGAGGCUGUUCAACUUUAAGAAGGAAAGAGAUGGCUACUGGAAAUGGUUUGCUGGGAACUUGGCAUCAGGAGGUGCUGCUGGUGCUACAUCUCUGGUCUUUGUCUAUCCCCUUGAUUAUGCCCGAACCCGCCUUGCAAAUGAUGCUAAGGCUGCCAAGAAGGGUGGUGAAAGGCAGUUCAAUGGUUUGAUUGAUGUCUACAAGAAAACCCUCAAAUCUGAUGGCAUUGUUGGUCUUUAUCGUGGAUUUAACAUCUCAUGUGUUGGGAUUAUUGUAUACCGUGGUCUCUACUUUGGAAUGUAUGAUUCUCUGAAACCAGUGGUGCUGGUUGGCAAGUUACAGGAUAAUUUCCUAGCAAGUUUUCUUCUGGGAUGGGGAAUCACGAUAUGUGCUGGUUUGGUAUCAUACCCAAUUGAUACUGUGAGAAGAAGGAUGAUGAUGACAUCAGGAGAAGUUGUCAAGUACAAGGGUUCAUUGGAUGCAUUCCAACAGAUCAUUAAGAACGAAGGUCCAAAGUCGCUUUUCAAGGGUGCAGGUGCAAACAUCCUGCGUGCUGUUGCUGGUGCUGGUGUGCUAGCUGGUUAUGACAAGUUGCAGAUGGUUGUGUUAGGGAAGAAGUAUGGAUCUGGCGGUGGCUAAUUCUAAUAUGGUCACUCUUUAGAGGGAGCCAAAUGAUCAUGAUGAUGACGAUGAUGUGAGAGUAUGGUAACUGUCGAUUGCGUUUUUGUAGUUCUGUAUAGAAGUUCAGACGUUUUCCAUGUUUUCCUGGGUGCACCAUGAAGCCCCAUAUUGCCCGUGUCUUAGAUACUAGUUAGGAGUACUUAAAUCAGGUUCUUGAAAUGUCAGAUUUAUUAGAGCAUAAAGAGCAACCCAGUGCAGGAGACUUCAGCUACUAUAAGGUCGGAGGGGUAAGUGUACACAACCUUACCCUCUGUUUUGCAGGAGAGACUGUUUCCAAGUUUUGAAGUUGUGACCAUCAUGCUAUAAUACUUAAACCGCUGGCCACAGGCUUACCCACUUAGAUA